AUGAGUGAGGAUAUCAAUAAUAAUAUAGAUAGUGAAGAUGAAAGUGAAAAUGAUAAUGAUUCAGAGGUAUCAGAGAAUGAUACAGACCAAAGUGACAUAUCAUCAUCUAAUAUAAACAAUGAAAAAAGAAAAUUAAAAAUAAAAUCAAUUCAUGGUGUUAAUCCAAGAAAUUUAAUUGAAAAAAUUACACGUAUAAAAAUUCAAAGUCAUCCUUAUUGGAAAGAAAAAUGUAUUGGUUUAAAUGAGGAAAGUUUAGUAGAUAGAGCUAUGGCAUUAGAAUCAUAUGGUGGUUGUUUUGGAGGUAACAAACAACCAACACAUUUUUUAUGUUUAUUAUUAAAGAUGUUACAAAUUCAACCAGAGAUGGAUAUAAUUAAAGAGUUUAUAGAGAAUGAAGAUUUUAAAUAUGUUAGAAUUUUAGGGGCAAUCUAUUUAAGAUUGGUUGGCAAACCAGUGGAUAUCUAUAAUCAAUUGGAUCCAUUAUAUAAAGAUUUUAGAGCAUUAAGAAGAAAAACUGAUAUGGGUUCAACAAAGGUUUUCGUCGAUCAAUUCAUUGAGGAGUUACUUACUACUAAUUACUCUUGUGAUAUUGCAUUACCUCAUAUACCUUCAAGAGCAAAUUUAAUUCAACAAUCUUUACUCAAAGAAAGAGAAUCACCUCUAUUGGCUUUGGGUUUAUUAGAUUUAAAACAAAUUGAAAAGGAGGAAUAUGAUAAAAUUUUAAAAUUAAAAUCAAAAUCGACAACAACAUCAUCGUCAUCAUCAUCCAUCACCACCACCACCACCACCACCACCAUUGAAAAUGAAAAUGAAAAUGAAAAACAUAAAGAAAAACAUAAAGAAAAACAUAAAGAAAAUGAAAACGAAAAUGAAAAUAAAAGAUAUAAAGAAAAAGAUAAUAAAGAUGGGGAAAAGGAAAGAUACAUAGAUAGAGAUAAGUACAGAGAUAGAGAUAGAGAUAGUUACAGAGAUAGAGAUAAUUACAAAUAUGAUGACAAUGAUAGAGAUAGAUCCACAAAAUAUCAUAAAGACUCCAAUCGAGAUAGGGAUAGAGAUAGAUAUAGAGACAUAGAUAGAGAACCUAAAAGGGAUGAAUACUACAGAAUGGAUAGAGAUGACCGAUAUAGAGAUAGCGAUAGCUAUAGGGAUAGGGAUAGGUAUAGAAACAGGGAUAGAGAAAGAGAUAGGGAAAGAGAAGGUGAAAGAGAUAGAAAUUAUAGAGAUGAAUAUGAUAGAUAUAAAAGUAAAGAUAGAUAUGAUAAUGAAGAUGAUUUCAACAAUAGAAAUAAAUCAAUUAGGGAUAGAAAUGGAUAUAAAAGAGAUUAUAGUGAUAUUUCUUCUCAAAAUGAUAAAAAACUAUCGUCACCAUCAACAUCAGACAAUGAAGAAGGAUCAAUUUCAACAAGUGUAAAAAAGAAAAAAGAUAUCUCAAAGUAUGAAAAACAACAAACUACAACAGCCAAUGAUAAUAAUGUACCCAAUGAAAAAACAGAAAUUGAACAAAUGAAUGAAUUAAGAGCAAAAUUAGGUUUAAAACCAUUGAAAUAA